AAGUGAUAUUUGGACUUCUCCUGUACAGCGGUGAAUAAAAUCCAUACACGUUACUUAGUUGAAAGAACUUCCGAGGUUGAGAUGAAAUUUUGAGAGAAAAAAAUGACCUAUUUUUCGAAUAAUAUUUCAUAAAACUGGAUAUACCUGACCACCAAAUGACAGUGAUAAUUGAAAAAUAGGGGCGGUAGACCGUGUAUAAUGUCAGGAUUGCUUAUAUAGGUGUUUAUAUACGUUCGAACUUAACAAAAUAAGGAAAUAUUUAAAAUCUAACCACUCACCAUGCUGGAAAUUUUGUAAAAGGACGUUCAUCCGAGAAAAUACGAGACUUGUAAUUUAUUUGGUCAUUACGACUUCAUUCACAGAUAUAUCGAUAUAAAAUAAUUUUUAUUUAAAAUAUUUAUAAAUUCUCUUGGAAAGAUAUGUUUGAUGCCGAUUCUGAAAAAAUAUAUUAAGAUAAAAAUCACGUGACUUGUUUUGGUUCAAAAUGGCGAAUGUUAAAAAAAAUGAAGUUGGGACAAUUUUGCAAUAGUUUAGUCCAUUUAUUUCAUCUUGUAUAUCAUAUGACUUAAAAUGAAUACAUUAAUUAAACGGAGUCUUGUUAGGUUUACAUCUAAGUCCCAUAUUUUUACUAAUCAAUGUCGUAGUCGUGCAACAAAGGCAUCAUUAUUGUCCAACCAGUUGGUAGAUGAGUUAUCAGGAGUGUUGGGUGAUGAGAAUGUAUCUAAGGCAGAAGUGAUUAGAGAACAGCAUGGCAAAGAUGAGUCAUAUCAUAGUGGCCAGCCAGCAGAUGUUGUUGUAUUUCCUACCUCUACGGAAGAUGUCAGUUUAGUGGCACAGUUUUGCAAUCGCAAUAAUCUGCCAAUCAUACCAUUUGGCACUGGGACAGGCCUUGAAGCUGGGGUCAGUGCAAUUCAUGGAGGUGUGUGUGUAGAUCUGUCAAAGAUGUGUGAGAUUGAAGUUAAUGUUGAAGACUUUGAUUGCACAGUCCAGCCAGGUGUCACAAGGAUAGCGCUGAAUACAUUUUUGAGGGAUACAGGUCUUUGGUUCCCUGUUGAUCCUGGAGCAGAUGCAUCACUUUGUGGAAUGUGUGCUACCAGUGCCUCAGGAACUAAUGCUGUACGUUAUGGCACCAUGAGAGAGAAUACCCUGAACCUAAAGGUGGUCCUAGCAGAUGGAAGAAUCAUAGAAACAGCUGGGAAAGGAACACGCACAAAGAAGAGCUCUGCAGGGUAUAAUCUGACAAAUCUGUUUGUUGGGAGUGAGGGCACACUAGGUCUCAUCACCAAGGCAACGCUGAAACUCUAUGGAAUACCAGAGGCAAUGGUGUCAGCGGUGUGUCAUUUUCCCAGUGUGCAGUCAGCAGUAGAUACUACUGUCCAAGUUUUGCAGUGUAAUAUACCAGUUGCAAGGAUAGAAUUUCUUGAUGAUGUCAUGAUGGAUGCUGUAAAUCGCUAUAGCAGCAUGGACUAUCCAGUGGCGCCAUCUUUGUUCCUAGAGUUUCAUGGAUCUGAGUCUCAUGUCCAAGAUCAAGCAAAGGCAGUAGGAGAACUUUGUGAAGCCAAUGGAGGCUCAAGUUUCCAAUGGGCCAAAGAUGCUGAUGAAAGGAAUCGUCUCUGGAAGGCACGUCAUAAUGCUUUCUAUGCUUCCCUAGCUCUCAGGCCAGGCUGCAAGGGAUUUGCUACAGACUGCUGUAUUGCCAUCACACAACUAACAGAACAUGUCAUUGCAAUGAAACAAGACAUUAGCAAAUCUAAUUUAUUAGUCCAUAACGACUGAUGUUUGUGUUCCAAUGACUGAACUGCCAGGCAACAUCGUCAGCACAAAGGAAGACAUUUUGGCAAGUGGGCUCAAGGGCCCUAUAGUAGGCCAUGUUGGAGAUGGUAACUUCCACUCACUUCUGCUCGUUGACCCCAGCAGUGAGUCAGAGCUGCAAGAAGCAAAACAUCUUGCAGAUAGAAUGGCAAGGAGAGCAAUAGCUGCAGGUGGCACAUGUACUGGAGAGCAUGGGAUAGGAAAAGGCAAGCGCCAUCUUUUGAAAGAACAGUUUGGGGAUGUUACUAUGGAUGUAAUGGGACAGAUCAAACAAUCAUUGGAUCCUAAAAACCUUAUGAAUCCUGGGAAAGUUCUGUAGAAUGAAGUGUAUUCAUAUGAGGACUGUACCCUCUCUGGGUACAUUAUACAAGAGAUUGAAUGUUAUAAGCCUAUUUGGCUCUCAAAUAUUUUUAAUACAAUAUAAUAAUAUUCAAUAUUCAUAUAGAUAGCUUGAUUUAUGGUAGAUUUAGUGCAUUUUAAAUAGCUGAUAUAAUUAAACGUAAUGUUGCAGAAAAUAUAAUAAUCAUUGUGAAU